AUGUCGAAUUAUGGAUUAAACACCAAGUGGCCAGAAGCUUACGAUCUUGCUGGCUCCAAUCUACCAUGCCGUCUAGAGGGUGAAAUCGGUGACUUGGUAGUCCUGGGAGAAAUCCCGAAAGAGAUCGACGGAACCUUUUACCGAGUCAUGACGGACCCCUUUGUGCCGCCACAUCCCAACAAUGUCCCUCUCGACGGCGACGGCAACAUUUCAGCAUUCCGUAUAAAGGACGGGAGGGUCGACAUGAAGAUGCGCUACGUCGAAACCGAGCGCUACAAGCUCGAGCGCAAGGCCAACAAGGCUCUAUUCGGCCUCUACCGCAACCCGUUCAGCCAUCACCCCUGUGUUCGCGCUGCGGUGGAUUCGACGGCCAACACCAAUGUGGUGCUCUGGGCCGACCACUUUCUUGCUCUGAAAGAAGGAGGCCUGCCGUAUUCCGUGGACCCGCAGACCCUGGAGACCAUCAAGUACGAUCCCUUUGGACAGAUCAAGGCAAAGACGUUUACGGCUCAUCCCAAAAUUGACCCGUACACGAAUGAGCUCAUGGUCUUUGGAUACGAAGCUAGAGGGCUCGCGUCGCUGGAUAUUGUCAUAUACGCACUUGAUAGCCAGGGUAUGAAGCACGACGAGCAGUGGAUCAAGUCGCCGUGGUGUGCACCGAUACACGACUGUGCAAUCACGCCUAAUUGGAUCAUUCUAGCACUCUGGCCAUUCGAAGCCAGCGUGGAUCGGAUGAAGAAGGGAGGGCACCACUGGGCCUGGGACUAUGAUCUCCCUGCCACAUUUAUUGUUGCUCCCCGUCGAAGUUCGACCAAGCUUCCGCCUGGCUGGCAGCCAGGCGAGAGUCGGGUGUACUCCUGGAAGAACUGCAUGCUCAUCCAUACGGGCGGCGCGUGGGAGAGCGAAGAUGCAACGACUCUGUUCAUGGAGACGACUCGUGUACACGACAAUGGGUUCCCAUUCUUCCCUACAAAUGACGGAGUGUAUCCUGCUCCUGAUCCCAAGUCCGAUUACGUCCGUUGGACGUUUGAUCUCUCCCAGCCUACGAAUAGCAAGGUCCCAGAUCCGGAGGUGAUCCUCGACAUGCCUGCAGAGUUCCCACGGCUUGAUGAGCGGUUCCUUUCGAAGCCUUACAAUUACGUCUGGAUCAACGUUUACAUCCACGAAGAUCAGAACGGCGACGGUCAUACCAUUGUCAAUGGACUCAACGGCCUGGCAAUGCACAAUUCAAAGACAAAAGAGACGAAAUGUUUCAACGCUGGGGCCGGGUCGUUCUGUCAGGAACCAAUCUUCAUACCACGAAGUGACGACGCGCCGGAAGGAGAUGGAUGGGUCAUGACUAUGGUUGAGCGCAGAGGUGCUAACAGAAACGAGAUUGUGGUGCUGGAUACGAAGGACUUUGAGAAGCCCAUCGCCGUCAUCCAGUUGCCUUUCCAUGUGAAGGCACAGGUUCACGGAAAUUGGGUUGAUCAACGGCGGUUGAAAGUGUGGCAAAAGCUGGCGAGAGAUUCAAUACCUGAACAUGUCAGCGGCCAAGGAGCACUGGAGCCAUUGUAA